CGCGUUUUCUGACACUUUCGUGACAGCGUUUAAAUUAAAAACUUUUAUCUUGUCAAUUAUUCAAUCUAUGUAAUUUCUUAUCUAAUAACUGAUUUCGAAGUAAACGAUAAAUAAAUAUCAUUUAAUUACAUAAUUAUUGAUGUCUAGUCAUGGUGUUUGUUAGUUGAUGUGCGUGCGCGUAAUAAUUCAGUCGAGUAAUAAAGCAACGAAAAAAAAUCGAUUUUAUUCGCAAUUUUAUGCAAAACAGUGAAGAUUUCAAGAGUUUAUUAAAUAAUGAGCAAUUCAGAGCUACGUAGGAGAAAGCUUAAAAAUAGCGCGAAUGGCAAGUCAAACCCCACGAAAACCAAGAAAAAAUCGACAGAUGCCAAAAUACACCAAUCGUUACUAUGUUUAAUUUUAAGUGGAACAGUAUUGACAAUUUUUAUAGUUUUAUACACUGACCAAAUACCAUGGUAUUUGGGCCAUAAAGCCAUUGACAACAUAGCCAAGAAAUUUGGCUACGAUAAACCAUCACAUGUUGUGGUUAUUGAUGCUGGCAGUACUGGGUCGAGAGUGUUAGCUUUUACAUUCCAUGAAUCCUACUUAGGUGGAAAGUUGAUUUUGGAUAAAGAACUGUUUAAAUACACCAAGCCAGGGCUUUCUUCAUUUGCCAAUGACCCCCAAAAGGGCGUCGAAACUAUCGAAAACCUUCUGGAAGCCGCCAAAAACGAAAUCCCCCGAGAAUACUGGCCGAAAACCCCCUUAAUUCUUAAGGCGACCGCCGGCCUCCGACUGCUCCCACCCGAAAAAGCCGAAAAUCUCCUCAACUCCGUCAAAGAGUUGUUCAAAAAAACUCCAUUCCUAACCAACGACGAAUCUGUGGAAAUAAUGGACGGCACCGACGAAGGAAUAUUCUCCUGGUUCACGGUGAACUUUUUGUCCGAGAAGUUUAGCGGCAACCCUGCGAACACCGUGGCAGCGCUGGACUUGGGUGGGGGGUCCACCCAGGUCACCUUUUCGGCCGUCACGCCGGCCAGCUUAAAAGAAACCGACAGGAUACAUAAGGCUAUUACUCCCAAUGGAUUUGUUCCUGUGUACACUCACAGUUACUUAGGUCUGGGCCUUAUGGCGGCCAGAAAAGAGAUCGUGACCUUAGAUCAUGGAAAAAAUACUACCGUCAUAUCGGAAUGUAUUAACCCUAUUAUUAAGCAGAAAAAAUGGACGUACGGGGGUAAGGAUUACUUUGUGAGCGGUCUACAAGAAAAUUUCCCUAUUAGAAAGAAGAAAGACAACGAUUUUUAUGUAGGGGAAGAAAUUCCAAUAGUUGAUAGUAAAAAAUGUACAAAGAUUAUUCAAAAUUACGUCAUCAAAAUGGCGAAGCCACCCUCUGAAUUGCCAUUGAAAACCAUUUUCGCUUUUAGCUACUACUUCGAUAGGGCCACAGAAGCAGGGCUUAUAGAUGAAAGUAAGGGCGGUAAAGUGAAAGUGGGCAGCUUUAAAAAAGCAGCUGAAACAGCUUGUCUUACUGCCAAUACCGAACAACCUUUUAUGUGCCUUGAUUUGACGUUUAUUUGGGUACUUUUAGAGAAAGGAUUAGGUUUAAGCAGUGAAACUACUGUCCAUUUGUACAAAAAAAUUAACGGCCACGAAAUAAGCUGGGCUUUGGGAGCGGGCUACGACUUACUUAGAGGUUAAAUAAGUAUUUAUUAAAAUGAUUUUUUAUAUGAGCUCAAAAGUUUUAAGCACAAUGUUUAUAUACAUUUUUUUGCCAGUACAACCAAUAUUGUUAUUUGUUAAAUAGUACUGAUUAAUGUGCCUUAAAUUAUUAUACAUAUUUUUUUUUAUUUGAAAUGGUAUAGGUGUGUUAUGUAUAGGCUGUGCAAUUCAAUUCCAUUAUGAUUUAAAAUCACAAUUU